AUGCGACUCUUACGAUUACUCCUGGCAAAUCUCGUUCGCGCCCCGUCGAAACGCGACUACGCGCACGUACACGACGUGCAGAUUAAGUGGGAGGGUGCGGUGAGUGGGAAGGGGAAUAUGGCGUUGAAUGUUUUCAAGCAGCCCCUCGCGCUACACUCGACUCAACCGAUCACGGGCUUCACGCGAACGGGAUACUGCGAGGUGCCGCCGUCGGAUGCGGGUAACCACGCCAUUGCGGGUAUCGUUUCAAAGGAAUUUCUGGACUUUUCGGCGGCCCGUGGGAAUGAUUUGCGUCAGGUGGGGCUGACGGAUGGGUGCAAGUGGUGUUUGUGUGUGAGUCGCUGGAAGGAAGCGUUUGAUGCGCGGACGGGGCUGGAUGAUAAGAAGGUGCCUAAAGUUGUGCUCAAGGCUACGAAUGAGAAGGCAUUGAGGGGCGUGGCCAUGGAGGAUUUGAAGAAGUUUGCUGUGGAUGCGGAGUAG